AUGAAUAAAACUACGGAAAAGCAAGGAAAUCGGACGGCAUUCAUACGACAACCAGGUAAAAAAGACAAAUUUAUAAAGGCUGUCCUGAGUUGAAGUCUGGCAAAUUUGGCCGGUGUAAAAAACGAGUGCAAAAUCAGUGCAAAACCAAAGCAUGUUUAUCUUAUCAUGGCCGUUACACAGCUUCAUUCGUUUCAGGAAGAGGGUCAGAGGACGGGGAAAAGUUUAGUAAUCAUUUAAACCAGAAAUGAGAAAGUUGAGAAAACUGUACUGAAGAUUUCACCUUCUCUUCUUGUGUAACUCUGUCGUCAUUUUUUAUCUACAUAGCAUACAAAAAGUACUUUUUUUCUUUGAAAUAUAUCUUUUUCCAGCUCGAGUGUUACUGGUCGACUAUAGUACUCCAUUUGACGCAGAUACAUGUGAAUACCUUCAUGAUACUUUGGUGAAUUUCUUUUCACUUGUGACGCACCUCAGCGGGCCUUGUAGAACACCAUUCUUUGGUUUGAUUGCUCUCACAAGCCCUAUUGAGGUAUGGUAUGAUUAAGUUUGCUUUUGUAUCAAAAUUCAAUUUAAGAGAACUCGCACAGAGCAGAAAGAAGACAUUAAUUUUACACUAACAUUAGACUAGAGGUUAUAGCUUACAGGCCUGUUUGUUUAUGUAGUGCUGGAGCUCAUUGUAGUUUCCGAAGUGUAGCAGAAAAUGACUAGUCUUUCGCAUAUCUUCAAGUCUCUCCAACGAAGUUGGACCCUGGCGGAGAAAAAACCUUGUCUCCUCACUGCUUAAACCGGGAACUCUACCAGGAUUAGAGUGUCAUUUCGGACCCGCCUUUUUUGCUGCAAACUUGGAUGGGAAAUAGGGAGUGAUACAGUUAAAUUGGAGAACUUAUAGGAUUUUAGGAAACCUUGGGAGGUCAUUGUAGACUCAAGGUACUAUCCGCAAGUAGUGCUGCCUUACGAAUCAUUCGAGGAAAACAACCAUGAAAAAAAGGUUUUCUGUUCAACACGGCGAGUUGUUUCGCAUAAUUUUAUUGAACUCAUGAGAAAACUGUAGAGAGUCAUUGUGUGAUACAUUUUCAGAACCUUUUUAACUUACAACAUGUCCGAGGAAACUUUCCAAAGCUUCACACUGCCUUUAAAGAACUUAAUAACAUCGCAAGGGAUGUUUCAUCUAGGAUCUCUUCAGGUAAAUAAGCUUUUUUUUUCACUUUUGUUUCUCUUUCAUGCCGAACUCAACUUUAACACAAUAUCCUUAUGAAAUAGGUAGGACCAACAUAAUCACAUGUGACGGGAAAUAUUUUUAAAUGUCUGUCUUCUCAUUUCAGACGUUAUCAUACAAGGGCUUAAGGAAGCUAUAACACAGUUCAAACGCCAGUCGCAAAGUCUGAGACAGGUUAGAAACAACUGUCGUCAAGAUUUGCGAGGCUAUUAAAUAUUAAGAAAAUUCCCUCCUAUCUGCACGGUCCUGCAUUUUUUCAGAACAUCGAUUGUGGCUCGUAACUUCGGUGAAAAGCCGAAUAUUCAAGCCUUCUUAGACAAUACGGUUGAAAAAGAAAUAAGCGCGAAAAAUCUGAGGCAAAAAAUUUGUCUUAGACGAGGGAAGGGAUGCAAGGUUAUCUGGGGAUCUUCGAGAAACCAUGGACUCAAGAAUUCGGGAAUUGAUGGUACACUUAGAUAUGGCACCGUUCCCUUCUCCCACUAGUAUAUACCCGAAAAGUAGAAUUAUAGAAGUUGCCUCGAGCUCUUAUCGAGCUCAAUGGAAAUCAUUGCUAUCAAUUGAGAGCACUGGUCACCACAUAGUUAUCAUGUAGGCCUCUCCAAUUACAUAUACUUAAUAGGCUUGAAAGGCUCCAAUAAGUUCGUUUUUUCUGGGGCGUUUCAUCUGCUUGUCGCGAAUCAUACUACUUGGCCAGCUACUAAAACUAAUGAAUUCCACUUCGUUAAUCUUGUUAGCCACAUUUUUAUUUUUCCACUUUCUUUAUUGGUAACAGCUUAGUUUAUUUUCUCUCUGCCUAGAUGAGUACAUCCAACUGCCAGCUAGAGAUUACAUUCCUCACCUGCAGAGCGGCCACGUCAGUUGUGAGACACAUCGAGGCGUUCUUCAAAGAUAUUGAGCUUGAAAGCAUAAAGGUUUAAUAGCAACGAAAAUGAAAUACCCCCAUCCUUAAACUCUUGUCGCUUUAGGGCACAUUUUAUGAAUGCGACAAGCCAUUUUUACUUUUCAUUUUUAUCAUCACAGUCACAUCCCACUUUUGCGCAAUAUCUGCACCUGUUUAAAUCUUCAAAUGUUUACAAAUGAAUCCACGAGCCAUCUUGUGAGCUGUGCCGUGCUGAUGAAAUCAAAUAAGGCGGAAACAAUUGUCAUCGCUGAAAAUUUGACGGUCCCUUUUGUAUUAAUGAAGACUUCCUAAGUUAGUACCUUUAUAGCUUUAGUGCACAUAAUGUGGCGGAAAAAUUUAAUAUUCAUCAGAUUUUUUUAACUUUAGGGAGAAAAGGAGUGCUUUGAAUAAACUUCCACCUUGUUUCAUUAGUGCGGUGAAUUUUUUUUUCAAAAGAGAAACAAACGAAAAUAAAAACGCCAGGUUACAAAACAGACUGCUCGAGCACCGAUAUCGCGAAACCAUAUCAUACUGUUUUCCUUUUUAAAGAAAAUCCAGGUUGUCAUUGUGCGAAGUUCAGAAGAACUAAAUAGAAAAGAAGGUGGCACUCCAUCUGGUAAGAAGCUAAUUGUUAUAAAAGAAUAUGAUAUCACUGAGGGAAUCGACAAAUCACAAUUCUAAGAUUAUCUCCCUAUUAAACAUGGAAAAUCUAGGCUUAGAGAAUAUUAGGAAAAUAUCGUUGUGUAGACAAGCGACAAUAGCUGAUCUCUUAAAGUCGUUGUCUGGUGAAGUCAUGUUCUAAUGCUGAUGAGUGUCUAUUUUUAAAGAAAGUAGCAGUUUAUCAGAUGGUGACGAAAGCGAGUUAUCGGAUGGUGGACUUGUAGAUGUCGUUUCCCUCGGGAAAGGUAAAUAGUGACAAUUCUUGUUUUAAAAAAGUAAAGAGAGCAAAGUGCAGAGAAACUGCAAGUUGUAAAGCGAAGAUGAGAACGCACCGACACGAUUGAUCAGAGAUAUGAGUGGCUUAACGAUUGAAAUGAAAUGUCUACUCAAAAUAUAUCGGGUGAAAUUUUCUCCAUUUUUGCAUGCGCAAUUAUCUCUCAUAAUUUUCGAUCCAGUUUUACAAACAAACUUACGCAGACUUAUAACCAACUCCCAUCUCUUUCACUUUAAAGAUGUCCUCAGUUUUGAAAACUUUUUCAAGAUUUGGCUUCUGGAUAGCAGCACAGACCAAGAACAUUUACGGAUAAUUCUUCCGAGUGCGUUUACACAAGACAGUGAAGGUCAGCUGUAAAGAUACAUCUAUCGGCAAUUUCGUACCGUUUUGGAUUCAAGCCACACUAAGAAUUUACACUGCAAUGUUUUGCUUGUUUUUACGAAUCCUUUCAGGGGAUCAUAGUCAAGAUAAUGUCACCGAGACAAGUCUUACUCUGAAGUGUGAUCUCCACGAAUGCCUACUGGACCCUUUUCAUCUGCCUUACCAAUCACACCUGGUUAGUGCUUCUCUGUCUUGAAAUCAUUGCUUCCUUUAUCGAGGUAUAAUUUUUUUCGAUGGCACGCCUUCUGGGAUGAAAACCUGUGGAGGAGUCAUCAUACGCAUUCAAGUAAUGGCUUCCUGUGAUUGAAUCCACAGACUGUGUGCGCAGAAUCGGCUAACGUCACCAGCAAAGGUGUAGCAAUAACAAAACCACACGUACUAAACUAUCCAGUUCACAAUUUAACUGCAAUGAAACUCGUUAAUACAGAGGCUGUUUGCGAGUCAGUGGUAAGUUUAUUUGGUGCCUUAUCAUUAAGGACUACAACUAGAAUGACCAUUACAUGCGAUUUGAAUAUUCUAUCCGUCUUUUUGGGAAAAUUGUAUGUCACUUUUUAACUCUGUUUUUUUUCUCUUAAUUUUCGGACACCUUACACUACCCUUAACAGCUCUUUGGAAUGGUAAGCAUUAUAUUCUAUGUUCUACUCUCCUUUUUUAAGUGCCAGUAAUUUGGUUUUAUUAUUUUUCGAUGGUAUCACUAUCAUCAUGUUAAUCCUCCCACUGUAAUCUUUGUUCAACCAUAAAUUUGCAAAAUAUAACUAAUCAAGGGAGAGGGUUCUUAAUUACUAGUCAGGAAAGGGCUCUGUAUCAUAACUCGGCGAAGAACACAAAACGCUAUGUGUCUAUCCAAAUAACCAAGAGAAAAGCCAUAGCCACUAGAGCAGACAAAAGUUGCAAUGACGAAGGGUAUGACAGCUUUGCAUGUAACUGUGGGGCAAAGUACUGAAAAGAACUGGCUCGAAGUUUCAUCACAAAUUUUAACUAUCAGUCAUAGCAUAUUUUGUAUGUUUACAGCCAUACAUUGUUCGACCAACAGUUUGUUGGAAACUAGACUGGGAAGAACUGGAGAGCAAUCGGCAGCACUUUUAUGCUUUGUGCUCAGUACUGAAAGAACGGGUCAGUAACUUUUACGCUUUGUAUAUGCUAUCUACCCAAAACAGUAAGGUAAAGGUUCGAUGUGUUUUUAUCGAGCUCAACAUUUUUUACAUCUUUAAUUUAGGGCCUGUCCCUUUUAGCCAAGACCACCGGUCCCACUGUGGCUUUACGGUGUCAUCAAAUGGCGAUUACAUCCUCCUCUCCUCAAGGACAUUUCCUUUUCCUCCCUUUUGACAAUUCACUACUGUUGAAGUCUAUCGCAGUCAAGGAGUUGAUGCUACCUAGUAUUGUUCAAUCGUCAGCGGAGAAACCUUGUGAUAAUGCGCUAUCAGUUGUGGCCUCGUGUCUAGACCAGGUAAUUUAUGUACUUGAACUUGCGUAGGUAAUAGUUGCAACGCUUUUUUUUCCACAGUGUUCUUCCAUGAUCAGAGUACAUUGCAUAAUAAAUAUUGGAUUUUUUUAAGUUAAGAGAGAACUCUCUAACUGCUCCCGAUCGGAUCUUGAAUCAUGAUUGAAGGAAACGCGACACCAUUCUUCGUUUCGCCGAAGCCAGGAAAUGAUAAUUCUAAUGCUUCAUUUUCCCCCACAGAUUGAGGUCUACGAUUCAUACAAUCCUCUCCUUGUUCAAUCAAAUCUGUACAAGUGUCUCAUAGCUCAGUCCAUCAAGAGUAAUUCUGUUUCAAAAUCGGUGAAAAGGAGAUUUCAGGCUCCUCAGGUUGGUAGAGUUCAGUUAUCAACACACUCUACAUGAGCCAAUUAAGAUGAUAACAGUUGUAGGUAUAAUACGAAAAUAUUUUAUCAUAAUAGUUGGGUUUGUUUUGGGAAAUUUCAGAAAUCUCAGGCUUCCAAGCAAGAGGGAAGGAGUAAUCAAUCGGUGGCAAAUCAACAAUCAAAGAGGACAACAUCUCGAGCGCAAAUGCAACAAGUGGUUUUCACAGCACCUAACGAAACCGUUUCUAACACUUCACAAAACGAGUUUAGAUCUGCGGCCGCCGUAUUUUCCUCUUCCAAACGCUUCAGAUCAAAUUCUGCGGCAAACCUAUAUAACAGCAACCCACCAGCAUUUCCUGACGACUUGUAG